AUGAAGGACACUGAGAGCAUUCCCUCCUCCCGCAGGAGAGAGAGGUCCAAGGUGCCCUACAUCGUGCGCCAGUGCGUGGAGGAGAUCGAGCGCCGAGGCAUGGAGGAGGUGGGCAUCUACCGCGUGUCCGCCGGUGUGGCCGCAGACAUCCAGGCACUGAAGGCAGCCUUCGACGCCAAUAACAAGGACGUGUCAGUGAUGAUGAGCGAGAUGGACGUGAACGCCAUUGCAGGCACGCUGAAGCUGUACUUCCGUGAGCUGCCCGAGCCCCUCUUCACUGAUGAGUUCUAUCCCAACUUCACAGAGGGCAUCGCUCUUUCAGACCCAGUUGCAAAGAAGAGCUGCAUGCUCAACCUGCUGUCGUCCCUGCCGGAGGCCAACCUGCUCACCUUCCUUUUCCUUCUAGACCACCUGGAAAGGGUGGCAGAGAAGGAGGCGGUCAAUAAGAUGUCCCUGCACAACCUCGGCACGGUCUUUGGCCCCAUGCUGCUCUGGCCCUCCGAGAAGGAGAGCAAGCUCCCUGCCAACCCCAGCCAGCCCAUCGCCAUGACUGACAGCUGGUCCUUGGAGGUCAUGCCCCAAGUCGAGGUGCUGCUGUACUUCUUGCGGCUGGAGGCCAUCCCUGCCCUGGACAGCAAGGGACAGAGCAUCCUGUUGUCCACCGAUGUCUAA